UUCCUUCCUGUUUCCGACCACUUAUCAUCCAGCUCGCAGCGUCACGAGCGCCUUCUCUGCCUGCCCGCACGAGAGACAGACAGCACCGUCCUUGCACACAGUUAGGCCGGAAAGAUCCAGAACCAUGUCCAUCCUGAAGAUCCAUGCUCGUGAGAUUUUUGACUCCCGUGGAAAUCCCACUGUGGAGGUUGACCUGUACACUAAGAAAGGUCUUUUCAGAGCUGCAGUUCCCAGUGGCGCUUCCACAGGCAUCUAUGAGGCUCUGGAGCUCCGCGACAAUGACAAAACACGCUACAUGGGAAAGGGUGUCUCAAAAGCAGUUGAUCAUAUCAAUAAAACUAUUGCACCUGCACUGGUUAGCAAGGAUGUGAGCGUUCUGGAGCAGGAGAAGAUCGACAAGCUGAUGCUGGAUAUGGAUGGCACAGAAAACAAGUCUAAGUUUGGUGCUAAUGCCAUCCUGGGUGUCUCCCUGGCUGUGUGCAAGGCUGGUGCAGCAGAGAAGGGCGUUCCCCUCUACCGCCAUAUUGCUGACCUGGCUGGCAACCCUGAAGUCAUUCUCCCUGUCCCUGCUUUCAAUGUCAUCAAUGGUGGGUCCCAUGCAGGCAACAAGCUGGCCAUGCAGGAGUUCAUGAUCCUUCCUGUUGGAGCCAGCAGCUUCAAGGAGGCCAUGCGCAUUGGUGCUGAGGUCUACCAUAACCUGAAGAAUGUCAUCAAGGAGAAAUAUGGCAAAGAUGCCACCAAUGUGGGAGACGAAGGUGGCUUUGCUCCCAACAUCCUGGAGAACAAGGAAGCUCUGGAGCUGCUAAAGAAUGCCAUCGGCAAGGCUGGCUAUACUGACAAGAUUGUUAUUGGCAUGGAUGUGGCUGCUUCUGAGUUCUACAAAGGUGGCAAGUAUGACCUGGACUUCAAAUCUCCAGAUGACCCUAGCCGCUACAUCUCCUCUGACAAGCUGGCUGAUCUCUACAGGAGCUUUGUCGCUGAUUAUCCUGUUGUUUCCAUUGAGGACCCAUUCGACCAGGAUGACUGGGAGGCAUGGACCAAAUUCACAGCCAGCACAAGCAUCCAGGUGGUGGGUGAUGAUCUCACCGUCACCAACCCCAAACGCAUUGCUAAGGGUGUGGCCGAAAAGUCCUGCAACUGCCUGCUGCUGAAAGUCAACCAGAUCGGCUCGGUCACAGAGUCCCUGCAGGCCUGCAAGAUGGCCCAGAGCAACGGCUGGGGUGUGAUGGUCAGUCACCGCUCUGGAGAGACUGAGGACACCUUCAUCGCUGACCUUGUGGUCGGCCUCUGCACUGGACAGAUCAAGACGGGUGCACCUUGCCGAUCUGAGCGUUUGGCCAAGUACAACCAGCUCCUGAGGAUUGAAGAAGAGCUCGGUGACAAGGCCCGCUUUGCUGGUCAGAACUUCAGGCACCCCAUCUGAGCUGGUCCUCCUCUGGCCACUGUCUGUUCAUUGCUCAUAAAUAAUCUCCACACAUAUAAGCCACACUAGGUUGCCCACCCUGUAUGAAGAGAAGAUGGAGAGAGAGCGUUGCUGUAAUCCAAGGUCCAAGUCUGGUCUGUGGUGUGGAGACGCGUCAGUAUGUCCUAAGCAGCCAUGGCUAAGCUCAUCCUCAAACUAUGCUUUAGCUCCUAAAUAGUGUUGGUCCCUGUGUUUGUGUCCUUGUUACUGUGUGAAAGAUUUGUGUUUAGUUUCUUGUGAGUUAUAGUGAUUAUGGUCCUUUUGAGUAUCUGAGCUACUGUAACUUUAGUAAGGCUCUGCCUCAGGCAGUGGUAUAGGUUGUGUAUGUGCAAUGUGUUGGAUCUGACAAGGUCUUGUGUUGCUCAGCACUGGCAGAAAUAUGUAAUAAAAACUAUAAUUUCAAA